AUGUCUGGAAAGUUGGACAUCUCGAAGAACAAGAAUGUGGUUCCGACUGAGACUGAGAGUGAGAGCGAGAGUGAGAAUGAAAAAGAUUCAGGAAAUGAUUUUGGUCUUUCGUUGGAGAAGCUAACCCUUGGUCCACGAAAGAAUCUUCUUGUAAUGAACCUUAGUGGUUUGCUGUUACACAAGGCGUUCAAGUGUGACACGCCCAGGAUUCCAAAACACCGACGGCCUGACGUGGUCUUCGGAAACCACUUAGUUUAUAGCAGGCCUCAUUCUGAAGAUUUCAUGAAAUUCUGCCUCGAAAGAUUUGAAGUUGGAAUAUGGUCUUCUUCCAUAGAACGGAACCUUAAUGCCGCUCUGGAUUGUGCAAUUGGAGGAUUAAGAGGCAAGCUGUUAUUCGCGUGGGACCAAGUCUGCUGCACUGACACCGGGUUCAAGUCUCUUGAAAAGAAGACUAAACCCCUCUUUUUAAAGGAGCUGAGGAAGAUAUGGGAAAGCAGUGACCUUGGGAAACGGUUCUCUUCAUCCAACACACUGUUGAUUGAUGAUUCUCCUUACAAAGCCAUCCUGAAUCCUGCUAAUACAGGGAUUUUCCCUGCUUCAUACAAUGCAGACAAUGUCAAUGAUACAGAACUGGGACCUGGGGGAGCGCUGAGGCUGUAUCUGGAUGGCCUUGUGGAUGCUGUUGAUGUUGCUUCAUUUGUUAAGGAACACCCAUUUGGGCAGCCUGCAAUAUCACCAACCCAUUCACACUGGGAUUUCUACUCCGUCGUCAUCCAGCGUUUCCGCAACAAUCAAGCUUCUAAGUCUAAUGUCCCAAAGAAAUAA